GUCACAGCUAAGCGCCUCUGUAUCGUCGCGAAUCCGUCGCGGAACCUGUCUUUACCCAGAGCUACCAUGAGCAAGCGGAACCAGGUAUCGUACGUGCGGCCAGCCGAGCCGGCGUUUCUGGCCCGCUUCAAGGAACGGGUCGGCUACAGGGAGGGACCCACCGUAGAGACUAAGAGAAUUCAGCCUCAGCCCCCAGAUGAAGAUGGGGAUCACAGUGACAAAGAAGAUGAACAGCCUCAAGUGGUGGUUUUAAAAAAGGGAGACCUGUCAGUUGAAGAAGUCAUGAAAAUUAAAGCAGAAAUAAAGGCUGCCAAAGCAGAUGAAGAACCAACUCCAGCUGAUGGAAGAAUCAUAUAUCGAAAACCAGUCAAGCAUCCCUCAGAUGAAAAAUAUUCAGGUUUAACAGCAAGCUCAAAAAAGAAGAAGCCAAAUGAAGAUGAAGUAAAUCAGGACUCGGUCAAAAAGAACUCACAAAAACAAAUUAAAAAUAGUAGCCUCCUUUCUUUUGACAACGAAGAUGAAAAUGAGUAAGUGUAAAUAUUUUGAAUUUAGUCUACUUUGAAAGUAUAUGGAGUGUUCAUUAAAAUCACAUUUUUUCCUAUUAUAAAGAUACUACAAGUUCUUUAUAGAAAGUUUAGGAAAUAGAGAAAAAAAAUUAAUAAACUACAUCUAUUCAUCAAUACCCCUCUGACUUAAAAUGCCAACUCUAUAGAAAUUAGCUAGUAUUAACAUUUUGUUAUUUCCCUUGUGUGGUUGUAUAUAUAUGUAAAUUAUAUUUUUAAGCAAAAUACAUUUUUUGUGUGUGUAAACAAAAUUUUAUAAAUACAGCUGUAUUGCAAAUGUUCUUUGUCCUGCUUCUCACUUGACAUUGCAUUAUGAGUGUUCUUCCAGGUCAGUAAAUUUCAAAAACCUGACAUUAAUAGCUACAGAUAAUUUCAUAAACAUCUCAUUGUAUCUUUUUCAUUAGCAAUAGCUCCACUUUGGGUGGGGGAGAUGAUAAUGUGCCUUGUUAAAAAUACCUCCCCAACUCCUGCUAAGGGUGGCCAUGAGACUCAGCUCUGGCAAGUUAAGAAAUACAGGUGGAAUUCUGCUUGAUAAAGCUGCUGGGUUUUUUGUUACAAAAGGACAGACUUGGCAAGCAUGAGCCUUUGCUCUUAUCUUUUCAUCCUACUUGGAGUGCAGAGAUAAAACCUGAGUACCAGAGCCACUUUUAGGCAUAAGGAAGGCAGCCAUGUGCUUUGGGUCAUGUUAGUAAAAAGACUCAGAGCUUGGCUCCUUGCUGACAUGCCUGGAGGAGCUGCUACACCAGCUUGGAUUGCUGACCUCUGACUUCUUGGUAGUGAGAAGAAUAAACACUGUGCUUAAUUAGGCCUCGGUCAGGUUUCUCUUAUAUGCAGCCAAAUGCAGUCCUAAGUAAUACAAUAAAUAACUGGUCAAACUGUUACUGGUGGAGGGUGUCCAGGUUCUUGGCAUUUUGGACAAAUAAUUGAACAAAACGCACAAAGCAAUGAAUAUCCUCUAGAGGUUUGCCAUUGGUUACUUGGCGUACACCCUGUGUAAAUGAA